AUGGAGAGAAGUUACGACGAAGCCAUACGCUGUCUGAAUAGCAGGAAAGCGUCCCCGAAGCCCAACCUGGACGAUAUGCGGGGCUCGGAUGACAUGGUGGAAUGGCUAGAAUUACUUGGUCACUCAGCUGAACAUAUGGACAGCUUAAAUGCUAUACACGUCUCAGGGACGAAUGGAAAGGGUAGUACCUGUGCGUUUGUGGCAUCGUUCCUUAAGGCGCACGGAAACAACACUGGAUACCCGCAAAGCAUUGGGCUCUAUACAUCUCCACAUAUGAAGAGCAUACGUGAAAGGAUUCGCAUUAACGGUGAGCCGAUAUCGGAGGAGCAUUUUACCACGCGAUUCUUCGAAAUCUGGGAUAAGUUGCCGGGCCAGGCCACCCCAACCUUAGAUAUUCCCCGAUAUCUCCAGCUCUUGGCUCUCCUCUCAUUUCAUGUCUUUAUUGAGGAAAAGGUGGAUGUGGCAAUAUAUGAGUGUCAUCUUGGUGCAGAAUUUGAUGCAACGAAUAUUAUAAGGACGCCGCUUGCGACAGCAAUUACACCAAUUUCAAUGGAUCAUGCCAGUCUGCUCGGCCCAACAAUUCAGGAUAUUGCCUGGCAUAAGGCAGGAAUCUUAAAAUCAGAGUGUCUAGCCUUCUCUGCUAUUCAGAAUCCGGAGGUUGCUAUGGUCCUCGAACAGCGAGCAGCUGAGAAAGGAGUUGUGCUGAAAUAUAUUGGCGUCGACUCUGCGCUUCCGACCUACGCGGCGGCCCUAAAGCCCGAAUUUCAGAGAAUAAAUUGCUCUCUGGCUCUCGCAGUAGUCCGCGCUUGGCUAUCGGUAAAGGCACCUCAAGGGCAAAGUAGUAUGGAAAAUACCAUCACUCGUGGUAUCGAGCAAUUUUCCUGGCCAGGUCGGUAUCAGCAAAUCAACCAGCGGAAUUGUCAAUGGUUUCUUGAUGGAGCGCAUAAUGACUUAAGCUUGCGAUAUGCUGUGAAGUGGUUCGCUGAAACGGCCACGGGGAAACAAAAUAAUUCUGUUAUUUCCACACGCAUUCUUAUCUUCAGUCAAUUUUCAACUCGAGAUGGCACGGCACUUCUACGUAGCAUCGCAGAAUCUCUACAAGACAAUAAAAUUUGGAUGCAAUAUAUUAUCUUCACCACAUACGAUGAGAGGCGAGAUGGCCAAACGAGGAUUGACAGAAACCUGAAAAAGCGCUUUUCGGCAGAGGUCCAAGCGCGUUAUGCCGAGACUUGGGGGCAUCUUGAUCCCACGGCUACGGUGUUGCGCGAACGAACAAUUGAGGGUGCUUUAGAUCGGGCCAGGGAAAUCGGUGAUCAGAACAACGGCAUGCAAGCCCCAGCACUCCUGCCAAUACUGUCCCAUUUGUCACUUCGCAGGGAUCCAAAUCAUGAUCUCCCUGAAACACCGAACACGCGAAGAGCACUCCGAAAAGGGGACUGGAGGCUUCGACAUGAGGAUCGGUUCGAUGAAGGCGGGUUGAUGACUGCAGGAACAAUCACGAGACGAAAUGAUCCUCUUCAUUCGCCAAUUCCAGUGUUGGCAAAGGAGACACCUCUAGCACACACAACUAGUAAACACGAAUUAUGCCAUGAACUACCGGGAUACGACUCAACUUUGGAAGGAGAAAAGAGAUCUCAAAUGAUGAACGUAUUGAGUCGAUCAACAACAUCAUCCUCAUGGUUGGGAUUCAUCCUUAAGCAAAUCUAUGAUUAUAGUGGUAAUCUCAUCGAUAGGACUGUAUACGCGAACCUUCAUCCUGGUUACUGUAUCCACUUCCGUGCUGUACAUUCCACUGCUGCAUCGGAAGGUGUUUUUAUCCGGGGGCCAGAAGGUGACCCUCAUCACCAAGUAGUCCUUAUCCACGUCUCGACCGUCCAUUAUAUCAUCAUGACUGUUGACCAUGCACCCCUCGAUGAGUUCAAUCAUCGUGGCGUCGCCGUCGUCGCAGAUGGUGUUAUCGAAGCUGAACAAGCCGUCCCACCUGAGUCUCGUAGUUGCAUGCCGUUCUGA